AUGGGGCCUUCUCCAGCUUUCCUUUACACAUGCAAUGGCCUCAAAAAGUCUUGCAUGGCCUUCCUCAUUUUUAAAUCUCAACCUCCUUACAACACCAUCCCCACAAUUUCAAAUCUCACAUCAUCAAACCCUGAAGAGCUUGCCAGAAUAAAUGAUGCCACUGUGCUCACAGUGUUCCCAACUGACAAAGAGGUUAUAGUCCCUGUGAACUGUUCUUGUUUAACAAGAGAUUAUUACCAAGCUGAAACCAAAUAUGUCUUGGGUACAUAUCCAACAUAUUUUGCAGUAACAAAUGAUACUUUUCAGGGUUUGGCCACUUGUGAUGCUCUCGAGCGUGCCAAUCCAUAUGGGGAACUUGACUUGCAUCCUGGGAUGGAAUUGCACGUGCCACUCAGAUGUGCUUGUCCAACAUGGCAUCAGACAACAAAUGGCACCAAGUAUUUACUGACAUACUCAGUGAACUGGGGUGAUAGCAUUUCAAAUAUUGCUACAAGAUUCAAUGUAGAACCAGGUAUUCUAAUUGAUGCCAAUGAUUUUUCCACACAAACACAAACUCUUUUUCCAUUCACAACUAUUCUGAUUCCUUUGCCAAGUGAACCAGUGAGUUCAAUGACCAUAGUUGCUAAUGAUCCACCAAACAUGUCAACUCCACAUGUUUGCAGCUCCAAAAGGUGCAAGUCAAUGAGAAAACUCCACAUCAUUGUUGCCACCCUCGGGGGUUCCAUGCUGGUUCUGUGUGUCAUAUUAUCUGUGAUGUUUCUGUUAAGAAAAAGAUCAGCAAGGUUUUUUAAGCAAGAUACAGAAUAUAAGAAAACAAAGAGGGUGUCUUCAGAAGAUAUCCGUGAGGAGAUAGCAAUCAUUGAACAUCAUUCCAAAGUGUACAGGUUUGAGGAAAUAAAGGCGGCCACUGAAGAUUUUAGUUCAAAGAAUAGAAUUAAAGGUUCUGUAUUUCGUGGGGUAUUUGGCAAUGGGAGGGGCAUAUUGGCUGUUAAAAAAAUGAGAGGAGAUGCGUCCAAGGAAGUCAAUUUGCUGAAAAAGAUCAAUCAUUUCAACCUGAUAAAGCUGCAAGGUUACUGUAGAAACGAUGGCUGCCUCUAUCUUCUUUAUGAAUAUAUGGAAAAUGGCUCUUUAAGAGAAUGGCUUAGCAAAAACAGGUCCACGGAGCACCAGAGUUGGGCAAAGAGAAUCCAGAUUGCUGUGGAUAUUGCCAAUGGACUUCAGUAUCUUCACAACUUCACAGAGCCUUGCUAUGUGCACAAGAACAUAAACAGUGGAAACAUCUUACUAAACAAAGACCUAAGGGCCAAGAUAGCAAAUUUUGCUCUUGCUGAAGAAUCAGAUAGGAAAAUAACUUCCGGUUGUCCCACAUCACAUGUGGUGGGAUCUAGGGGUUAUAUGGCUCCGGAGUAUCUGGAGGCAGCGAUAGUCACUACCAAAAUGGAUGUCUAUGCUUUUGGAGUGGUGCUGUUGGAAUUGAUCACAGGUAAAGACUCUAUUAUUACCCUACAAGAUGGAGUUAUGGUAAUGCUUCCUACAAUAAUUCUAAAUCUCAUUGGUAAAGAGAAUGAAGAAGAGAAGGUGAGUUUGUUCAUUGACCCUAGGCUCACUGGAAACUGUGGGAAAGUACCUGCUCUCCAGUUACUUAAACUAAGUCUAUCCUGCUUGACCCAAGAACCAGAAAAGAGACCAAACACAGCAGAGGUUGUCUCUAGCUUAUUGAAAAUACAACAAAUGAUAUGGACCAAAGAAUACCACCCAGCAUCAAUAACAGUCUAG